GCAAGAAGUUGAUAGGAAACUGGGAACACAUGUUGUUAUACAUGGCAAUUCCCACACCCAGUGCCAAUAUCUGUAUUCCAUCAUUAGCCAUAGCCACCGUUAAAUUGAAUCUAAAAAAGUAUGGGCAGUUUAGUGGCAGUGACACUUAUCUCUGCCAUGCUCAUGAUCAUGUCCACAAGCAUUGCACUUUCAAAUAUGAAUAAAGAAAAACGGGCUUUGCUCCAAACGGGUUGGUGGAAUCAUCACCCAAAUAUCUCAAACCAUUGUGAUUGGGAAGGUAUUAAAUGCAAUGAAGCUGGAAGCGUUACAGAUAUUUUUGCAUUGGAGUUAAGUAUUCCUCCUUCACAAGAAAUGCUGGAGAUUGGGAAGUUGAAAGUCACUGCCUUCCCCAAUUUAGUGACUCUAGAUCUAUAUGGAAUGGGACUUAGAGGAAGCAUCCCUACAGAAAUAAGCACACUUACAAAGCUUGAAUUUCUUUACAUAACCAAUAAUCAUCUUCAAGGUUCAAUACCAGUAGAGUUAGGGAAUUUGACACGUUUGUGUGGCUUGUCUCUCUAUAAUAAUUCGCUAACGGGUUCAAUCCCUUCUACUUUGAGUCAAUUGGUGAAUUUGACCUUUCUCCUUCUUUCUUUCAACCAACUUGAAGGCACCAUACCAAUUGAACUUGGGAAUUUGACACAACUGACGGCAUUAUAUGUCUCAAACAAUUCAAUCUCUGGUUCACUUCCUUCUACUCUGGGUCAAUUAGAGAAUUUACAAAUUCUUCUUCUUGAUUAUAACCAUAUUCAAGGUCCCAUACCGGGAGAAUUUGGAAAUUUAAAAAGUUUGCAAAUAUUAUAUCUCUCAAAAAAUUUACUUACCGGUUCAAUUCCUCCUACUUUGGGUCGAUUGGAGAAUUUGACACAUCUCUUCCUUGAACAUAACCAAAUACAAGGUCACAUACCUGAAGAACUAGGAAAUUUGUCCAAUUUAGACACUUUACAUCUUUCACAUAAUAAGAUCUUUGGUUUAAUACCUCCCAAACUUUUUCAAAUGGACAAAAUGCAUUCUUUAUAUCUCUCUUCAAAUCAGUUAUGUGGUUCGAUCCCAUUUAAAACUAUGAAAUGUCCCUCUAUUGCAACGAUUGAUGUAAGUUAUAAUUUGCUAAAUGGAAGCAUAACUGGCCAAAUUGGUUGUGUAAAUAACCUUGACCUAAGCCACAAUUUUCUUAUUGGCAAGAUUCCUUCUCUUUUAGCCAUGAAUUCCAUACUAGAUAGGUUGGAUCUUAGUUAUAACAAUCUCACAGGUAAACUAAAUAAGGCACUUGCUACUCUAUCAUAUAUAAACCUUUCAUACAAUUCUUUUGACUUUUCACAGGACCUUGAUGUGAAGUCAAACAUACCUGAUUAUUGUUCUUUCCCAAAAAACUCACUAAAUAGUUACAACCCACCCGAUUUUACAUCUUGUUAUCCUUCCAUCCAAACCAAUUAUCGAACCAGUGAAGCUAAGCCUACCAUUGUGUUUGUUCUUCCUAUCAUCUUGACUAUUCCUUUUGCAAUUCUUCUAGCAUUAUAUUUCGCAAGAUGCAUGUCUAGAACCAAAUUUGAAGGAAGAUUAGCAAAGAGUGGGGACUUGUUUUCUGUAUGGAACUAUGAUGGUAAAAUUGCAUUUGAAGACAUCAUUGAAGCCACUGAGGACUUUCACAUCAAGUACUGCAUUGGAACAGGUGCAUAUGGCAGUGUUUAUAGAGCACAAUUGCCAAGUGGCAAAAUUGUUGCAUUGAAGAAACUUCACCAAAUGGAAUCUGAAAAUCCAUCAUUUGACAAGAGUUUUCGGAACGAGGUCAAGAUGCUAACAGAAAUACGCCACAAAAACAUUGUGAACCUUCAUGGCUUUUGCCUCCACAAUCGGUGCAUGUUUCUAAUCUAUCAAUACAUGGAAAGUGGUAGCUUAUUUUAUGCCUUGAAUAAUGACAUGGAAGCUAUGGAAUUAAAUUGGAGCGAGAGGGUGAAUAUCAUUAGGGGAAUGGCACAUGCUUUGUCCUACCUGCAUCAUGAUUGUACCCCACCCAUUCUACACAGAGAUGUUACAAGUAGCAAUGUUUUAUUGAACUCUCAGUUGGAGGCUUUUGUCUCCGACUUUGGCACAGCUAGAUUUCUUGAUCCCGACUCUUCAAAUCAAACCCUAGUAGUUGGCACAUGUGGAUAUGUUGCCCUAGGUGAAGGUUUUAUUUUUAUUUCUAAAAUAAGAAAAUCUAUUUAUGACUUCACUGAAUAAAUUUAAUUAUGUAGUAUGAGAAGUUGAGCUAACUUUUUUAGUUUCUUGGUUCAUGACAGAGCUUGCUUAUACAUUGACUGUGACAGAAAAAUGCGAUGUUUAUAGUUUUGGAGUGGUAACACUAGAAACAUUAAUGGGAAGGCAUCCUGAAGAGCUAAUAUCGUCUCUGUCAAAUUCAUCUACUCAAAAUAUGUUGUUCAAGGAUCUCUUGGAUCCUCGUCUUCCUCUUCCUUCAAAUUCAAAAGUUGUUGAUGAAAUACUUCUAGUGGCAACACUAGCACUGCCAUGCCUGCUUCCCAAACCAAACUCCAGGCCAUCAAUACAGCAAGUGGCUCAGAAACUUUGCGACUCCAAACAGCCAAUGCCUUUUCCCUUCUAUGAUGUUUCGAUGCAUCAGUUGAUGACUAAAGGGAUUCAUCUUCUUUCAUCUGAGUAUCAAAAGGGAAAUUUUCAACAAGAAAGCUAAUAUUCAAGAAAGUUGCCUUCUUGUGACCAGUUUCCUCAAUUAGUUAAAUUCAAGAAAGUUGCUGCUUACUAAUCUUGUCCCUUGAUUUUCAUUUAUAAUUUCUAAGGCUAUUUAGUUCACCGUUAUCUUUUUAUUUUAGAAGCCAUGUGUUAGCCUUCAUUGUUAUUGAUUCUCAAUUGAGGUGGAAUUAAGUGUUUACCAAUAUGAACACUCACCACAGCUUAUAAUAUUUGACCAAUACACUAAGGCAUACGUUAAGAG